AGAGGCCAGCGCGUACACACAGGUAGUGAUGGAGGCCGUGACACAGAGAGGAAGAACCGCCAGCUUCUCUGAAAAACACGAAAUCUAUCUCAUCGGGGAACAGCUCAGGAGAGAUAUGCACGCGUCCGUGUUGAUCAGAGACCGGCGAUACCACCUGAGGAACUACCGCCAGUGUUUUGCCGGAAACGAAGCGGUGGAUUGGCUUGUUCGUUGUAAGCACUGCUCCACCAGGGGCGCUUCAGUGGCGGGCAUGCGCAUUCUACAGAAUUAUGGAAUUUUCCAUCAUGUAUGUGAUGAUCACAAAUUCAAAGACGACCAGCUGUUCUACCGAUUUCGGCGUGAUGAUGAUACGUCGGCCGACAAGGAUCUCAUACUAUUUUACACGGGAAUCAGAAUAUACCUUAAAAUGACGAAAAAGAAAGGACUGGUCCGAGACUUCAUUCAAGGCGGCCAGACAUACCACAAUGCGUUUAUGGGGUCAAAGUUCGCGGAGUGGUUGACUGGUCAGAAAGAGGCUGUUUCACGAGAGGACGCUAUUUAUCUGGGUCGCCAGCUACUUGAAAACAACAUCAUACGACACGUGACCGACGACCACCACUUUAGGAACGCCGAAUCUCUCCUUUACCAGUUUUCUGUAGACUUUGACCGUCGGCGAAUCCUAGCUGAUGUUUUCAAAUUACCGGCAACAAUGAGUCGCCUUUCAUCUCUCAGAUUGUCAUUAUCCUCAGUGGAAUCGCAGGACGACCACACGCUACCCAAACCCUCUGUCCAUACCGACGACAGAGACGAGCCAUAUACUGGUUUACUAGUUCGGAGUGGUUCAUGGUCAUCUGAGUACGAACAAGGCAACGACAGCGGGGAAGUCCUUGCGCCAAAGUCAGUAAUGUUGCGCCAAGCCACUGCGGACGAAUUAGAAUCACCAGACACGCCGUACGUAAAACACAGAAUGAGGAUUAUCAGUGACUCCGUUGGGUAUGGAUUCGUGUUACGAGGUGACGGACCUACUUACGUCCAGACUGUUGACCCGACAGGACCAGCCGCCUCGGCAGGACUGAAGGUACGACAGUAUGUGUACGCCGUAAAUUGUGUGAAUGUAUUACAGAAAAAUCACAAGGAUGUGGGACGAACUAUAAUGUCAAACGAAAACGUUCUCGAUAUAACAGUUUUAAUGCACAGACGAGACGUCUCCAAUGCAUGAGGGACAUUAUCAGUGACGUCAAAUGUCUAACAAAUACAUCGUCCAGGAAAGCCGUCUUCACCUGCAGAAGGAACGUCACAAAGGCGUUAGAAACAUGAAGAAACUCGUCAACGCAUGGAUUACGUCUAAAUGGGGUCACAACCAUGCUGACAAAGUCCUCAACAUCACAUAAUGACGUCAUCGCUUCUCCCUAGUGAUUGUCAACUUGUUUCUUAGUACGUCUGGUUACUUAAGUGCCAAUCGUCUGACAACUUAUGCUGGGAACCCGUCAUCAGUAAUUGGCACUUUAGCAAAGUGGCUGUCUGAUAAAUACAGUAAAUUAAACACGUGAUCAGUCACGUUGGUAGUGGUAAACACGUGAUCAGUCACUUAGGUAGUGGUAAACACGUGAUCAGUCACUUAGGUGUGGUAAACACGUGAUCAGUCACUUAGGUGGUGGUAAACACGUGAUCAGUCACUUAGGUAGUGGUAAACACAUGAUCAGUCACUUAGGUGGUGGUAAACACGUGAUCAGUCACUUAGGUAGUGGUAAACACAUGAUCAGUCACUUAGGUAGUGGUAAACACGUGAUCAGUCACUUAGGUAGUGGUAAACACGUGAUCAGUCACUUAGGUAGUGGUAAACACGUGAUCAGUCACUUAGGUAGUGGUAAACACGUGAUCAGUCACUAAGGUGGUGGUAAACACGUGAUCAGUCACUUAGGUAGUGGUAAACAUGUCGUUAGUGAUCGUCAUUUUAAUGUUUCAACUGGCUCACAGGCCACAAAGCCAAAGGCGUAUGUUUCCUUAGGGACAGACAAAGAUGUACUACUGAUGGCCAUCACAGAAGACCUGGUACAGUACUUUCUGAUCCGCUCUGUUUAGUGUUUAAGUGGAUGGCAAUGUAUAAUAUGAACUGUCAGAAUUACGCAAAAGAAAAACGCAAUAUGCACUCGUAUGUCUUUCUGCCAUUCGGUGUAUAGCAUCAAGGGGUUUACGUCAUCAACGACGUCACCUCUACAUGCUGAUUGAUGAUUAGACGCGUUUGGAAAGAUCUAUGUUGAUAAUGUAGGGGCUGAAAGAGUAGUUUUCAUGACACGAUAGCAGUGUGUGGAAAUGUGAAACGGUGGUAUCCUUAAUGAACAAACUAUGAUAGCAAUGUGUGGAAAUGUGAAACGGUGAUAGCAAUGUCUGAAAAUAUAAAACGACGAUAUCUUUAAUGAACAAACCAUGAUAGCAAUGUCUGAAAGUGUGAAACGGUGAUAUCAUUAACGAACAAAUUGUUAUAUCAAUAUAUGGUAAUGUGAAACGAUGAUUGCAGUGUAGGGAAAUGUGAAACGGUGGUAUCCUAAUGAACAAACUAUGAUAGCAAUGUGUGAAACAAUGAUAUCAUUAAUGAACAAACUAUUAUAGCAAUGUGUGAAACGGUGAUAUCCAUAUUGAACAAACUAUAUAUAUCAUCUUUAUUUCCUCCACAAAGAAGAGCAUGAUAAUACAAAUACAAUCAAUGUAACGUAGAUAAUACGUGACUAUUUACAUAGUGAUAUCAAGCAAAAAAGUGCAUGCGAGUUCACAAUAUAAUCUUAUAUACAUAUACAUGUAGUUAAUUAUCGUAGAUAUAAGUUGAGUAAUAUAUAUGUCUUAUAUUCCAUGUACAUAA